AUAAAUACGCCCUUCCAAGCACACAAUACAAACUUUGAUUCCUCAGCUCCAUAAACAUAAUCACAUAAAUGUCCCCGCUUGUAACAAGGCAACUUCUGCCCAUGGCUCCAAACGCCCACCACCACGAGCUGCCGCUGAACGAGAACGAUUCGCAGGAGAUGGUGUUGUACGAGGUUCUCAACGAGGCGGAGGCGCUUCCGCCUGAGGCUACCCACUCGUUUUUGCCGCCGCCGAGGAGGAGCAGGGGCGGCGGCGCGCCCCUGCUCCGCCCGAUAGAGAAGAAGCGGUACCGGGGGGUGAGGAGGCGGCCGUGGGGGAAGUAUGCGGCGGAGAUUCGCGACUCGGCCAGGCAAGGGGCUAGGGUGUGGCUGGGCACGUUCAACACGGCGGAGGAGGCGGCUCUGGCUUACGAUAAGGCCGCGUUCAGAAUGCGCGGCGCUAAGGCCCUCCUCAACUUCCCGCCGGACGUCGUGGUGGCGGCGGCGGCGGCGGCAGCGGCAGCCUCUUCUCCGGCGUUGCAAGGAAUGCGUAGUUAUAGUUGUGAUGAUACCGGCAUGGGUUCAAGUGCUGCUUGUAGUAAUGAAUAGUGCAUAUACCUCUACUGCUAGCUAGCUUGCACAUUCUAUAUGUAAUUAUGUAUGCCAAUUUUCUUUCCUCUUUUUUUUUUCUUUUUUUUUUUUUUUUCUGAAAAAUGACACUUUUUUCCUACAAUUCAAUUACUUAGAUUAAUCUC